CGCUCUGCAUUGUCACCCACCUACCACUCAACGAUACACACCUUUUGCACUGUUUAAUAUUCAAGUUUGCACGAUAGACCUGUCUUCUACAUUCUUUUAGAAGCACUUAAAAAUAAUUGCCAUUACAUUGCCCUGCCUCUUAUAGCAACAAAUUGCUUCGAUAGCUUUAGCUUGUUACCUGCUGCUUUUCUCUUCCUACUAACGACGACAUGAAUGGAAAUUAACACAUAGGACAUUUUUCGUAUAUCUCUCUCUACAUGGAUCCCAUAAACGUUCGUGUCGAUGCCGUCCGUGACGCGGUCGCAUCAAUAUCAACAUGCACACCUGCAAUAUCAGCUACCGUGAAGGAGCUUCUACAAAAUCUCGAUAUAGAACCCGAUUCCUCCAAUGCGACAUCCAAAUCUCGGUCCACUAAGGCAUCUCGGCCACCAAGCAGAGUAAACACUGCGCCGGGAGCGCAACGCAUCAAGGACAAUGGAGGAUCGUUAACGGCAAGGGAGAGGGCAGUAUUAGCUACUCAGAUCAUCACAGCAACUCUCAAGGCCCUAGGAGAGGCCGGAAAGGUUGCCUCAAGUACGAGCUCAGACAUACGAGAUCCAUCCAAGAAUGAUUUGGCUAAAAUAGUAGCUCGGAAAGCCAUCCAACGAUCGACCUCAGCUCCCAUGAAGCCAUUACAACCCCGCUCCUUGAAUCGAACCUCGACGUCGCCUGCUGUUCCCAAGAUACCUCAGUCUCCUACAUCAAUAGCCUCAUCGACAGGUUGCUUGUCAACAAUCGAAUGUGCGCGAGCAGCCUUUGCUGCAUUGAGGGCCUUACAAGCAUCUAAAAUCGUUCAGCUUCCUGAAUUACAAUUAGAAUCUGGACUAUCCUCUUUUGUCGCCAAGCUAAUAGGGCUGGAUAUGUUUGAACAGGCGGCAAAGGAGCUUAGAAUAUUAAAACAGCGCCUAGAACGUAUGAUUCAUGGAGAUAAUUUCAUGGAGACAACAACACGCAAACGAACGGAUUCGAACGCGACGUCAAGGACACUCUCCGAGCUAUUGGAUUUUCCCAAGGUCACUAGCUCAGGCCCUCUUCUUGGUUUGAUCAUUUCGUCGCAAAUUCACGCUCUUCGGGUUAUACAUGGCUUAAAGAAAUCGUCACACCUCGAAAGCAUUCUGCCUUUCUUACGCGAAAGUCAUCUCUCGUCACCUAUGAACUUGCUUCUCAUGUCUCUCAAAGACGAAAAUCCAGAUCAGACGAAAUGUGCCCGACAACUAGAGAAUUUAUCCCAAAUCCUACUUUCCUUACCACCGAGCAUAUCUCCCAAAGACGAUGAAUUUGCUGUGGAGCCGAGAUUAUCUCCAAGCCCGGCAGUAGCAUUAGAGAUACAAGCUCUGGGCCUAACGAUACGGCUAGUAUCGUGGAGUGUGUCUGGCCAUCGCGGAGAUGUAGACAAGGAUGUCUUGUUUCCUCUCUCUAAAUGCCUCGCUGCCUUCACCCGUAGAGCAUCCCCUGGCCACUUCGAUACCGCAUUUUCAGCCUUUUCACAAGUGUGGAAACGAGUAGAAAAAUUGGGCCUCAGACCACAGGAAUCGUCGAAGUCUCCAUUGGCGGCGAUAUACCAGGUGCUUGCUACGACAUCACGGGACUCUGGUAAUGUCAAUGAAGCAAAGAAAUGGCUGGCUAAACUGAAAUCCCUGGUCAACCCAAGCGAGGACUCUGCUGCAAGAUGUCUGGCUGUGACCGCCCAACUAUUGGCACUUUCUCUCAAAGAAUCAACUCAAGUCAAUGAGGGUCUCUUAAGGGAAGUCUCAGAAGGUCUACGAGGGCCACUUGGAGGCACGAGUGCGGAGAUGGAUGACCUUCUAGACAGUGUCUGCCUUCUAAGAAAGUCUGUCAUGAGCCUGAUCACCGGGAAGCAGGAUAAGUCUGGCAAAGUCUCACAUGAUAUUCGACAGCUUCUCGAAACUUUUGUCUUCCAACUGCCACGCUUUUCCUCUAGAUGGUUGGGCAAGCCACCGACCUCGGCUAAUACAACGAAGGAAUUACUUAGCUUCGAUCAACGACGAGGAUUAUUGAAAACAUACUUGCCUCACAUUCUAGACUCGGCCUUGAUGCUUGCAAAGUUGCUUUUGGACCAAGACCGGCUUGCAUGGGAAAUGUUGGAUCCUACACUUCAGGAUAGUCUGGCCAUUCUAGAGGUUAUUGGGAAUUUAAGUCAGCCAGGAGCCAAGGCUAAUUCGUCUCCCUUAUACCAUGUGAAGAUCUCGCAUUUUUACUAUCAACAACACCUUGUCUUACGGAAGUCUCCGUCUAAGGCUAUGGAAAGUACCUCUCUAAAGGCACUUCGGAAAUCCAUUGAAAGCGUCAAAUCCCGAUCAGAAGCUGAACAAGUUCGAGCCCAAUUAUUAGUUAAAUGGGAGCGGUUUGCUGAUCUGUGUGGGGCUUCUGGUAGGCUGGACGAUGCCAUUGACGCCCUUCGAUCUAUAAGGGACCAUCUCGUUCGACAAGAAAUUGUAUCGACAAUUACGGCAAAACUAGCAACAGAGCCUUGGUGGUCUGCGUGGCAACAAUGUCCUAAUGCCGAAUUGCUAUCACGAACAGUGUGUAAUCUUUCCAAGCUUGAUCGAAAGCACAAUGACUGGACCUGGCUGCUUGUUGGGUCGGACAAGGCCACUGCCCUUGAGCAUGAUCUCUAUACUAUUAUAUCCAAGGACAAUAGGUACCGCAGCGAAUCAGACUUGUCAAGCCCUCCGAUCAAGACAUUGUUACAAUUCUACUCUGCUGAUAAAUUCCCAAUCCGCCGACUCAGGACUCUUUUGCAGGUUCUUACGAUCAACAUGGGCUCCCUGGAUGGACUUGACGAUAUGCGAACCGAGGUAGAGGCUGUUUUGAAAGUAACGAGAGAAGAGGCAUUGGCGAAUGACUCUGGCCUGGCACGCUAUAUACCACAUCUGCAAGCGUUAGCAGCCUGUGUAUUUGGACUAGUUGAUUCAAAUAUAGGUACGCGGCAGGUGAAGACAGCUAUCUCCAGUUGGAAAUCUAUGGUCUCAAAAUGUCAAUCAGCUGAACAGUUAUCCUUCUACAUCGAUAACACCUCUCAGCUGCUCGCAAAUCUCCAAUCCCUCGUCGACUUUGCUCGAAUCAAAGGUCUUGAUGCACUGCAAAUAGACAUCCUCGAGCUCUGUCAAAGUAUCUCCAAGCUUUCGACAGAUUGCAGCCCCGAGUUGCUAAUAACUCAGAGCCUUGCCCUUUGUCGACAACACCUGAGCCACGGCUGGUCAUCCAAGGCUGAACAACUACUGAAUGACAAUUAUGAGCUUAUAUCCCAGCCGCGAAUUACUAAAGACCUAGCUAUAAGAUUCUACCUAUCUGCUGCUGAGUACCAUUUAUCCCUGGGAGCUCUCGACAAAGCAGAACAGCAUUUGUGUAAUGCUCAACAUGCCGAAUCAGCAUUGGCUUCUGAGCCAGGGGCAAAGAGAACCAAAAGCUCGAAGAGAAUGAUAACGACCGCCCAUGCAUAUUCAAUCUCUUCAAGCCUCGCGCUUGAACGUGGGGACUGCUAUCACGCUCUGCGAUUUGCGAGGAUAGCUGUCAGGAAACUGUUCCAUGACUGGACUAGGCUUGAAAAAACGAGAUCCGUCGCUCAGGAUACUUCAAUGGAGGAUUCUUCGCAAACUGAAGCAUCGGACAAAGAUACAAGCUUGAAUGGUUCUUUCAUCAACAAGGCCGAAUUUCUCCAAGCGAGUACUGGGCCAGAAUUUUGGGCUCUAGCCUAUCCUCUAUUCCGAUUCCUCCUUCAACUAUCGACAGCUUAUGCGCACGUUGGAAUGUACCAGGAAACACUAUAUUACGCUGAACAAGCGCAGAAAGUGGCAAAGAGCAUGGGUUCAGCGGCAUAUGUGUCUCGAUCUCUUACUUGGCUAGCACAGGUAUGGCUCAUGGCUGGAAAAUUGGAAAAAGCAAUGGAGUUGGCAGCUGAGGCCAACCCUAUAGCCUAUGGUCUAGAGCCCACCUACGAAAAUGCCAAGGUGUUAUGCCUUUUAAGUUCUGUCUAUGGAGAGAUUAAAGACCCAGAAGCACAAGAGAAGCUGAUAGAAAAAGCUGAAUAUAUGCUCAAGAUUUUGAAUAGUGAUCAAAGCACAAGCGACUGGAUCACGGAGGAUCUAGAAUCAGGCAUGGCAGAACUUGCUAUCGAAGAAAAGCCAGUGGUCAAAACUACAGGGCGCCGUACAGCUACUAAAAUACCCAGAGUUGUGAGCAAGGCCAAGAAGGUCACAAAGGUCACAAAGGUCACAAAGGCGGCGUCAAGAAAGCCAACAACAAAAAAGUCACCGACGAAGAUUACUCCUCCAACAGAGAUUACUACAACUCAACACAACCCUGAGGAUACUCAGCUGUCUUUCCUACGUGCUUCAAUACUCCAGCACCAAUCAAAUCGGCUUCUUGGCGAGAACGAUUGGGCUUCAGCUGUAACUACUCUCCGAACCGCUUAUGAACUUUGCAAGUUGCCUACAGAUGUGUCACAAGCUUGUUUUCUGAUGGGAGUAGCCUUGAUAGGUCAGGGCUUAGAUCAAAUGGGACAAGAUGCUGUGUUUUCUGUCAUUCAAGAUUCAACACUUUCCUUCCCUUCAGUAGCGGGAUCUCUUAAGGAGAGGACUGCAUCUAAUAGGUUAUCUUUGACAAAAGCCUCGGCUCCUCGAAAAGGUCGUGCCCCUUCCAAAAAGGCACAGGACAAUACGCGAUCGUUCGUUGAAAAGCUACGUGAAGCACAGGGGCAUUUGCUCACGGCACACUCUAUUGCAAGUCUCAAUGGUGACGGGUAUCUGGUUCAUCGGAUUGCGACAGUACUCCAGAAUGUCGUUAUCCUCCUGUCUAAUACGAAUUCACUAAAGCCAGCUGCCACUCAUCCUGCCCAUGCUACUUGUUCAGUGGAACUUGCCCGCAAUCUAACCUGGCGCCGCGAACGAAAGACGCUUCAUUUGGAAGCUGCUAAAGAGUUGAAAUUGGACUGGCCCAUACCUACUGACAGUGCUGAGGCCAGACGUAGCAGUCUUGGGUUCUCACUUGACAUGGACCGCUUUCAGAGUGACUACAUCGACAUCAUCCCCAAGUCUUGGAAUGUUAUCUCGGUGUCAUUGAGUGAUAGUGAACAUGAUCUUUGCAUCACGAAGCUACAGCGGAAUCAAAAUCCUUUUGGCAUUCGACUUCCGCUCGAGCGAGCAAGUUCCCGGGAUGCGGACUCGGAAGUCUUCAGUUUCCGUCAAGGACGAACAGAGCUACUCGAGAUUAUCAAAGUGGCCAAUCUCACCUGUCAUAAUGCACGAGAUAUGAGCAAGACAGGGGCAAAGUCUGCGUGGUGGGCAGAGCGGGAACAACUCGACGAACGCCUAAAGAAUCUCAUGGAGUGCAUUGAGCAAACUUGGCUAGGAGGUUUCAGAGGUAUACUCUCUCAGCAUCAAAGACAGGCGGACCUAUUUGCAGAGUUCGAGAAUCGCUUCCAGGGCAUCCUGGAUAAGCACCUCUCUUCACGGCAGCAAGUCAAUGGUCGAAAGACACAGGCAGCCCCUACCGGCAGAGUUAGCCUUGAUCCUCGAAUCUACGACUUGUUUAUUGGCCUGGGCGACCCGAGUGGGCGAGGAGCCGACUUAGAUGAGGCGCUAACAGAUUUACUCUACUUCGUUAUCGACAUUUUGCAGUUCCACGGCGAGAGAAACGCAUACGAUGAGAUUGACUUUGACGCCAUGGCUGUAGAGACAUGUGACGCUUUACGUUCCUACUACGUUGCAGUUAAGGGCCGCAAGGAGGCAGGUGAGGGCGUGCAUACGAUACUAGUCCUGGACAAAUCUUUGCAUGCAUUCCCUUGGGAGUCUCUACCUUGCUUGCAAGGUCUAGCGACUUCGAGGGUUCCCUCUCUUGAUUGUCUACGGAGGUUAAUCUUGGAGUCCAAGUCAACUAGUCCGGAAACCACGGACGAAGAUGACGACGAGCUUAACGGCUCGGCUCAGCGAGAUGGUCACUAUGCAUCGAUCAAUUCAGGCACGUACAUCCUGAACCCGGGCUCGGACCUCAAGAACACGCAAAACACCUUUGGUGAUGCGCUUUCGAGUCUUCCGCUAGCGUGGGAGAGCGUCGAGAUGCGGGAGCCGACCGAGGCCGAGUUUGAGAAAGCCCUCGCCGAAAAGGACCUACUACUGUACUUUGGGCAUGGUAGUGGCGCGCAGUACAUCCGUGGCCGCACGAUCCGUAAGAUGGAUAAGUGCCGCGCGGCUGCAUUGCUCAUGGGCUGCAGCUCGGCCUCCCUCGCCGAUGUAGGUCGGUUCGAGUGCCACGGCCCCGUUUGGAACUACAUGCUUGCCGGGUGUCCGGCCGUUGUGGGCACACUCUGGGAUGUAACGGAUCGGGAUAUCGAUCGCUUUGCCGGAAAGGUGUUCGAGGAGUGGGGGCUGAUGCCUCGGGGCACGUUCGCGGAGGUGACGAGUGGAAAAGGGAAGAAGGCAUCUAGGAGUAAAGGGAAGAAAGCGACGACAGCAGGUCAAGAAGGGGUAGUAGGUAUGAGAGGACAGACGAGCCUCGUGGAGGCGGUCGCCAGUGCGCGGGAUGCGUGUCGGUUCAGGUAUCUGACGGCGGCCGCGGUUUGUGUGUAUGGGAUCCCGGUUUACAUUCACAAAUCGUGACUUGUCUGAUUUUGCAUCUUAUAUUGGGCAUCAACGUGAAAGAUGUAGAAGGUGUACAUGGCCAACUGAGGCGGAGAGAGGAUAGGAAGAACGGGGAAAUAGGUAGAAGGGAGGUAAAUAGGGUCUUACAUACUCAACAUCAAUUUUUGCAUGGCAUGGCGCUCAGGAAAGGAAAGGUUGAUAGACUAGGUAGAGAACUCUUCAUGCCUCUGUUGCUGGCGUUGUUUGGGGUAUGUAGUAUGGGUGAUAGGGGUUUGGUUGUCCCUCAGUACGGAGUUUAUGCGUAUCCAGCUGCAUACGUACUUGUCUAAUACGUACAUAUUUGCCUUGCAUUUACUUUUGCUAUCGC